AUGGGUCUCAAGGAACGUUUUGGUAUCAAGUCCACCGAGACUACCGGUGAGACAACGGGGGCUGAUGUCCUCCCCAAUGCUGACGGUACUGAGCGCGAGCUCCGCCGAUUUAGACGUCAGCAUCAGUGGGAUCCCUUCCUGGAUAUCGACAAGCUCGACAACAUUGAUGAUGCUCUCGCGUCUGGAAAUGCCGAGAAGGAGGCUGCUAUUGACGAGUCCCUGAUCCAGGAGGAUUCGCCUUAUCCAGAAGUCCGCAACUCGGUUCCUCCCACUGAUCAAGACCUUCCUGUCAACACCCUCCGCGCUUGGACUAUUGGAGCCUUCCUCUGUACUGUUGUCGCUGCUUGCAAUGUCUUGCUUAGCAUGCGUCGUACUCCCAUCUCGAUUUCGUCUACUGUUGUGCAGCUUGUCGCUUAUCCAAUUGGUUGCGGAUGGGCCAAGUUCAUGCCUGCCAAGUCAUUCAAGUUAUUCGGUCGCACCAUCGAGCUCAACCCUGGCCCGUUCAACACAAAGGAGCAUACCAUUAUCACCAUGAUGACUGCUGCCGGCAGCUCUCUAAGCUACGCCAUCGAUAUUCUCCUCGCACAGGAAAUUUUCUACAAGCAGGAGUUCAAAUGGGGUUUCCAAAUUCUCCUUAUGGUUUCAACCCAGGCCAUGGGCUUUGGUGUUGCUGGUAUUGCUCGACGAUUCCUCAUCUGGCCAUCGUCAAUGGUGUGGCCUGCCACACUUAUUACCUGCACCGUUAUGUACUCGCUUCAUGACCAUCGCCCAUCUGAUCCGUCUGCAACCAACGGUUGGAAGAUUGGUCGAUAUAGCUUCUUCCUGGUUGUUGCUGGAUGCACAUUUGUUUGGGAAUGGUUCCCCCUGGUUAUUGCUCCUUUCCUGAGUUACUUCAUGUGGCCUACUUGGAUUGCUCCGUCCAAUGUCGUUGUCAACCAGAUUUUCGGCGGCAACACCGGUUUCGGGCUUAUGCCAAUGUCUCUCGACUGGUCCACUGUCACCGCUUUCUUGCAGUCUCCCCUCCAGACCCCUGCGUUCGCAAUCCUCAAUGUUUGUGCAGGUAUCUGCUUCAUGGCCAUUGGUGCUGCUGGUUUGGCUUUUGCUGGACCUGAGUACUACCGAUAUCUUCCCAUCAGCGCCAACCAAAACUUUGACCGAUAUGCUGAACCUUACCAGACGGCUCGUAUUCUCACCAAGGAGUUUACUGUCAAUGAGACCGCCUAUCAGGCAUACUCCCCCAUUAUUCUCGGCCCUACCUUCUCUCUGUCGUAUGGUAUGGGUUUUGCCGGUCUUAUGGCCACAGUUAUGCACGUUAUCCUGUUCUACGGCAGUGAUGUCUGGAACCGGGCUAGAAACUCCCAGUAUGAUGAGCCCGAUGUGCACAUGAAGCUCAUGAGGAAGUACAAGGAAGCACCUGAGUGGUGGUUCAUGGUCAUCUUUGCUGUCAGCUUCGCCUUCGGUAUGGUUGCUUGCCAAGUUUGGGACACUCAUCUUCCCUGGUGGGCGUACAUUGUCUGCAUUAUUAUUGGUGCCGUUCUCUUUAUCCCGAUUGGCAUGGUUCAGGCUAUUACCAACCAGCAAACCGGCUUAAACAUCAUCACCGAGAUGAUCAUCGGAUACAUGAUGCCCGGACGCCCCGUUGCCAUGAUGCUGUUCAAGAGCUACGGAUACAUGUUGUCAUACAAUGGCCUCAACUACAUUUCUGAUAUGAAGGUCGGCCACUAUAUGAAGAUUCCCCCUCGCAGCAUGUUCGCGGCUCAGGCUUUUGCCGUCAUCUGGCUGUCAUUUGUGCAGAUUUCUGCUUACAAUUUCCUUCGCGGCAAUAUCAACGAGAUUUGCACGCCGACUCAGAAGCAGGGCCUGACUUGCCCUAACGCUCGAACUUUCUACAACGCCAGUGUCAUUUGGGGAGUUAUUGGACCCCGAAAGGUGUUUGGCCCCGGCGGAAUUUACUCUUGGACAAACUGGUUCUGGCUCAUCGGUUUUAUCGUUCCUGUGAUCCAGUACCUGGCUGCCCGGAGAUGGCCUCGCAGUUGGGUGCGCUACAUGGUCAGCCCUGCUCUUUUCGGUGCCGCCGGAAUGAUUCCUCCUGCUACCCUCUACUUCAUCUUCCAGUGGGUCAUUGUUGGUCUCAUCUUCAACUUUUUCAUCCGCAGAGCCUUCUUUGGCUGGUGGAGUCGCUACACAUAUGCUAUGUCCGGUGCUCUCGACAUCGGUACUGCCCUUUGCACUGUCAUCACGGGCCUUGGUCUUGGCCUGAGCAUGACAGAGAUGCCCGACUGGUGGGGGACCAAAGUUUGGCAGGACACUUUGGAUUACAAUGGCACUGCCGUGACGAGGCAGUUUGUUCCUAAUGUAACCCACCCUCUUGGACCGGACAGCUGGUAA